CGACUACGCGACUCGCAACGCUCACUAUUACCAGCUCUCAGCUCGCCACCAUCAUGAGUUUGUUAGCUCUGAACGACGAUAUCCUCCGUACCAUCGCCGAAAUGCUUUCCGCCACGCAAUGCAUCCCUCUCUCGUCGGUGUCUCGCGAUCUACAUGCAAUCGCACGGCAGUACGUGUUCGCGUCGAUCACUGUUCAGCGCAUGGAACAUAUCAUCCCGAUGCACGACCACCUCAUCCAUAACAUCGACAAUCGCCGGAUCUGGCCCCGGGAAUUGAUUAUCCACGACCUGAGGGUAAUGCCCCCGCGGCCGCAGCUAUCGAUGCGGUGGUAGGCAUCCUCGAGCACGCCCGGGACUUGAAAUUUCUGGGACUCUACGAUUGCGAGAGGCUGAUUCACCUCGAUGCACGGGUCGGAGAGCAUUUGGCCGCACUGGCAAAUCUCUCGGAAAUCCGCCUGUAUCAAAUCGGGACCAAAACGCUCGAUGUCCUGCGCAAAUUGCUCCAACAGACCUUGCUCGAGUACCAGCGCUUGACAA